CUAUGUUAGCUAAUGGCUAAUAGAUGCUAGCCACCUCCUGAAGUUGCCCAGAGGAGCCAAAUAAGUAAAAACCACACAGGCAAGUUUGUCAGCAACCAAGAAACGUUGGAGGAGAUGGUUGUUAAUCUCUGUCUGCCACCCUUUUGUACAACAGUUCAUUGUAACAAGCUGUGUGCAGAUGGCUAUGAUGUCACAAACCUCGUGUCAGCCGACCCAGCUCUCCGGAGGCGGGGCUUCAAGCUUGAAUACUUUUUACGUCCACCUGUACAGGUGACGUUGAAGUUUGGCUUCCAGGUGGAGCUGUGCAGGGUGGAUGUGGAGCUGUGGCCCUGGGGUAUGGACAAGGGACAGGCCUGCAAGAGACUGGAGAUCAGCACCAGCUCUGAUUCGCUUCCUUCCCAGAAUUUUGCCCAAGGCGAGGAACGGGUUCAGCAGGUAAAGGACCAGAAACAGAGCAGAGAAAAACAACAAGAGCAGGACAGUAAAUCACACCAGAGUAAUGGCCACCAGUGGAGACUUCAGGCCCAGCAGUGGGGUGAAGAAGCUCCAGAUGAGCCUCAGCAAAGAGGCCAUGCGUUUAAGCAUCAAUCAAACACUGAAUCCAGUAACCCUGAACCAGAGUUUAAACUGGUAGGUCGUUGCGAACUUAGGGAGGAAACUCAAGUCUGUUUCACACGUUCAAAUUUUCGCCCCCGGCCCCCAUUCCUCUCCACACCACCCCCACAACCUACGAACUGUCAGCAAGAGGAGCUAUGGAGUCGGGGUCUGCUCUCAUUAGGUGCUGUGACACAGCUUCGUGUGACUGUGCCGUUUGGCGGUGCAGCGUCUGCUAUGGGGCUCAAGACUUUGGCUGUGUGGGGACAACCUGCUCGCUGCUGCCCAUCAGAAGAAGUGGAGAGAAUUAAAAGAAUCUACGAGACCAGUAAAAGACAGCUGCCAAGACCCAGGUUGUUUGGCCCUUCGGUCAGCCAGACAAAAUCACCACUGCAAGCGGCCACACCUUCAAGUGAUCUUUCCAUCCCAGAGGAGUUCCUUGACCCGAUAACCCAGGAGGUCAUGAUGCUGCCAAUGCUGCUGCCCAGCGGUGUGUCAGUGGACAACACCACCCUGGAGGAGCACCAGAAGAGGGAAGCAACUUGGGGUCGACCCCCAAACGAUCCCUUCACUGGCGUCCCGUUUACUUCAACCUCACAGCCUCUUCCUAACCCCCAGCUGAAAAGCCGCAUCGACCACUUCCUCCUGCAGAACGGGAUGAUGAGGAGGGACGGGAUGUUGGGGAGACAAAGGGAGGGAGAGAAUCCACAGGCCUCAAGACUGAUAGCCUCCAAAGUAGAUGGACAGUCCCAGUACUCUCUAUGUCUCAGUGAAAGCUCAAUAAACAAUACAGAAAUGGAAGACACUGGAUUAAGACGUUCAUCAAAUAAUGGCAAUCACGCAUUUAACUCCCAGCCUCUUACUACAGAGAGAAAAUCAGAUUUAGGGAGGAGAAAUAAACGAGAUCUAAGUGGAAUUUCCGAAGAAUCAACAGAAGAUUUGACAGCUGAGAAGCAACUACUACCUCCAACAAAAAGACCAAGAAAUGAUGCAGUUUCAGACCCGAGCUGCAGCUCUCAUGAGCAGCGUUUGUCUGCCAGUCUGGAUGAGGCCCUCUUCUCUGCCCUGCAGGGCCGACCGUCCUUUACCUCAAACUUGUCUCAGCAGAGACGGGUUGGUCCUGACUCAGAAACACUGAACACCUCACAGUGCGGUCAGACUGCGGGCACUUCAAGCAUUCCAACAGGUGAGAAGACGUGCUCCGCAUGUUCCCGUUCAGUUUCCGUCUACUCCAAAUCUGCAUCAUCCAUCUACCGUCUAACCUGUGGUCACUUGCUCUGCCAUUCCUGCCUGCAGAGGGAGUCACAAACACUGAACUCUGUCACUGUAUCAACAUCCAAUCACAUCUUGUGUCCAGCCUGUCAAAGCCCUUCCCCACGCAGUGACAUCAUAUGUGUGCAUCACUGACAGCUGCUGUGACAAGGCAAACCUACACCUUCAAAGGCUAGUGAAGAAAUGAGGAGGAUUGAUCUCAAGGUGACGACAGGAUUGUAAUCCAGAUGUGGCUUUUUAGCAUCAGGACCAUGUUGAAAUCAAAAUGGGGAAACAAAAAGAACAACUGAUUUUGAAAUUGUACACUUAACCCAAAUAGUGAACACAGCAACUGCAGGAAGUUUGUGUAAAACAAGUAAUGUGGAUUAUGAGCAGAUUAUUUCCUCUAAAUCUUGUUUUCCUAAUAAUUUUUGGGACCUUAAUAUACGAUUCUCUGCAUAUCUAUGUCUGUAUUGUGUAUUUUUUUUUUUCACUUAUUUGUAAUAGUCAUACAUACUUAAUAAGCUACUUUUUGACAACUUCAGUGUCUUCUUCUCCCUGAUGCUUGGCCAUUGUUCUAUCAGCCCUUUGGUUGGUUUUACCGUGUACUUUCCUAAUGCAGGACGAGACUGUUUAGCUCUGUGAAUACAGCCUGUGUCCAGGUC